UUCAAGUCCUUUACUAUAAACACUGGUGUGUGCCGUGAAAAACCUUUAAACAAAUAUAUAAAAAUGGGGUUGUUCUUGUUGUCUCUUGUUUUGUCAACACAACUUCUUCCUCUUCUUCUUUAUUCGCUCUUCUCAUUGACCAUUAUUGCAAAUGGUUCACCUUCCCUUCAUCAUCAUCAUGCAUGUCAUGAAGAUGAAAGCCGUAUCUUGUUGCAAUUUAAGCAAAGCUUUGUGAUUACUGAGUAUGCUUCUUACAAUCCUCUGAGUCAUCCCAAAACAACUUCUUGGAUUCCAACCACAGAUUGCUGCUCAUGGCAUGGCGUCGAAUGCGACGAGCUGACAGGUCAUGUGAUUGGCAUUGAUCUUAGCAGCAGCCAACUCUAUGGUUCCUUGGAUGCCAAUAGUAGUCUUUUUUCACUUGUGCACCUUCAACAUCUUGAUCUUUCUGACAACGAUUUCAAUCACUCUCAGAUUCCAUCAAGGAUAGGUGAGUUUUCGCAACUAACAUAUCUAAAUCUUGCACAACCCGGUGAAAACACAUUCUUUGGUGAAGUCCCACCUCAAGUUUCGCAUUUGCGCAACCUGAUGAUUCUUGAUUUGCGCAGUUAUUUUGAGUAUAUUCCUCCAACUCCAAUCAACAAGUUGCAACUUAAGAUAUCCACUCUAAGAAGCUUGAUUCAAAAUGCAACUAGUCUUGAAGUUCUCCGUCUUAAUUUUGUGACCAUUUCAUCUUCUAUACCUGAUAUGCUCACAAAUCUUACAUCUUUGCGAAAACUUGAGCUUUUAGGAUGUGAGCUAUAUGGUGAAUUCCCAAUCCACAAAUUUUUCAAGCUAAAAAAGCUAAAUGUUCUUGGCUUAUCCGGAAACAAAUUAUCUUUGCUCCCAGGGAUAAGUUCGUCCAAUGAAACUCUUCCUCCAAUUCAAGCAUUGGGAUUGAGAUCAUGUAAUUUGCAUGGCGAAAUUCCCUCUUGGAUAAUGAACCUAACCAAUUUGGCAUACUUAGACCUUGACUAUAAUAAUCUUCAAGGCCAAAUUCCUCACUCUCUUUUUAGACUAGCCGAUCUUGAAAUUCUUUCUUUAAGCUUCAAUUCAUUUCAAGGACAGAUAGAACUUGACAUGUUUCUGAAGUUGAAAAGGCUUACUAGUCUUGAUUUGUCUCUCAACAAAUUGACCUUACUCAAUAAAAAAGGUUCUUAUUCCAAUGUAACCAUUCCUCCACUUCAGGAGUUAUAUUUGAUUUCAUGCAAUUUAAGCGGGGAAUUUCCAUCUUGGAUAAUGAACCUAACUGGUUUACAUGAACUCAAUCUUCAACAAAACAACCUUCGAGGUGAAAUUCCCCACUCUCUUUUUACACUAGAGAAUCUUACAUUUCUUUCUUUAGACAACAAUGUGUUGGAAGGAGAGUUAGACCUUGAUAUGUUUUUGAAGCUCAAAAUGCUUACUUAUCUUGGGUUGUCAUUCAACAAACUCACUCUGUUCCCUGGAAAAGGUUCUAAGAAUGUGACCCUUCCUCCAUUAGAAGCUUUAUCCUUAGCUUCAUGCAAUUUGGUGGAGUUCCCCCCUUUUAUUCAAGAACUGGAUCAGUUGGGAAGUGUUGAUGUGGAAAAGAAUGAUAUAAAAUCAAUACCCAGUUGGAUGUGGAGAAAAAGAAAUCUCCAGAGUUUGUUUGCUUCUGGCAAUUCAUUGACAGGAAGAAUAUCCCCAUUGAUUUGCAAUUUGAAAUCACUUGUGAUUCUUGAUUUUUCCUAUAAUAACUUAAGUGGUGUGAUUCCUUCAUGCUUGGGAAGCUUUAGCCAAUCUCUUCAAGCUUUGAUGCUCCAAGGAAACAAAUUGGUUGGCCCCAUUCCUCAAACAUAUAUGGCUGGGAGUAACCUGAAGAUGAUUGAUUUCAGCAAUAAUACCUUGAAAGGUAAGCUACCAAGAGCUUUGGUCAAUUGUAAAAGGCUAGAAUUUCUCGAUGUGAGCCAUAACCGAAUCAAUGAUUGCUUUCCUUAUUGGCUGAGCACUCUUCCAGAGUUGAAAGUUAUUGCUUUACGAUCUAAUGAAUUUCAUGGAGCUAUAAUGUGCCCGACAAGAUGCACAUUUCCCAAGCUUCAUAUCAUUGAUCUUUCUCACAAUGAAUUCUCUGGAAAUCUGGCUCCAGAAAUAAUUAAGAAUUGGAAAUCCAUGACAGCUUCCAACAUAAGUCAACUACAAUAUGAGGACAGCACUAUUCAAUUUCCAAAUCAGUAUUGGUUUAGAGACAUUUCCUAUUCAUUCACAAUGUCUAACAAAGGGGUUGUUAUGGAUUAUCAGGAGCUUCAACAGGACUUCUAUUUUAUGAUAGCCAUUGAUCUUUCAAGCAACAAACUCUUUGGAGAAAUUCCAAAUGUCAUGGGGGAUUUGACAUGUCUUGUUUUGCUCAACUUGUCAAAUAACAUGCUUUCUGGCAACAUUCCAUCAUCCUUUGGGAAGCUUUCUAAUCUUGAAGCAUUGGAUCUUUCUCGCAAUCGCCUCUCAGGACAAAUUCCUCAACAGUUAACAGAACUCACAUUUCUGGAGUUCUUUAACGUGUCCUUCAACAAUCUCUCAGGUCCAAUUCCAGAAAGUAAGCAAUUCAACACAUUUGAAAACAAUUCGUUCAUGGGAAACCGAGGCCUUUGUGGGAUGCAGGUGUCCAGAAACUGUGAUCAUGCUAAGCCUCCACCAGUUACAUUUGAUGGUGAUCAAGAUUCCGAAUCAGAAUCUUUCUUCAACUGGAAAAUAAUUUUGAUUGGCUAUGGUGGUGGACUUGUUGCUGGGCUAGCAUUGGGAAGUGCUUUCAGCCAAGACAUAUUUAUGUGCUUGAAGAGGGUGUUUUGAGUCAAAAUCAAGAAACAGGAAUUCCUACCAUGCAUUGGUGUUAGUGCAGGCAUAGUUGGAUGGAUGAAGAGUACUGUUUGUUGUCUAAAAUCUAGAAACUAGAGCUUAUAGUUAAUAAGAGUAUGAACUCAAUUUCCUUUACGUUUAUACUUUCAAGUUACUGUUGUGUCUUUUUUAGUUAAUACAAUUGUGUUUAGCAAGUGUGA